GAAGUGGGAAGCUGGGUCGCAGCGGCGAUUAGUCUCUCUAGUGGUGCUGCCGGCUGAGCAUCGCAAAGCGGAAACGAUGUUGUUCCAAUCUUCGAAGUGGGCUCUCUUUUCGUGGCUAAUCGUUCUAGCCCAGCACGGUGGCCAGGCUGAUAUAUUGGACCCGGUCUGUCCUUCGGGUUAUAGGUACAUCGACGGCAUGUGCCACUCUUCCUGUCCCUCGGGCCAAUAUUUACACACCAAUGGAAAUUGUUAUCCCCAGACUAGUUUAAAGUGUCUCCAUGGAUAUUUUUUAAAUACUGAUGGCCAGUGCUACAGGACUAAUCCUCUUCCUUGUCCUUUUGAGACAACCACAACAACAACAGAACCCACCACAACCACAACAACAACAGAACCCACCACCACCACCACAACAACAGAACCCACCACCACCACCACCAACACAACAACUGAACCCACCACCACCACCACAACUACUGAGCUUCCCGUCCUUCCACCUUCUGAAAUUGUUCAAUGCCCUCCGGGCUCAAUAUUAUAUGAAAGGGAAUGCCGGAAAAUAGUUUGUGCCGAGGGAGAAAAUUACCAGGGACGAUGCAUUUCGCCCGUCUGUCCGCCGGGAACCGUGUGGCGCGGAGGGCGCUGCCAGGAGCCAGGAUAUUUGACAACCAUCCUGGAGAUCGACAACGUCAUUCACAACCAACACGAGUAUAAUGUCGUCACCGAGAAUAUUAAUCGGGUGGACUACGUCACACAACCUCCUUACCAGCCGGACGAGGAUAAUAGUAUCGAAUAUCCACCAGAAAAUAUUGUUAAAUCUACAACCACGUCAAGGCCAUGGGUUUAUCCCUCGAUUGUAACCACCACGGAGAAAUCGAGUUCGGGUGAGGCCUUUCCGGGUCGAAUUCCGCCGCCAGGCUGUUGUUUGGUUAUGAGCCCACGCGUCUGCAUCGAUUACACUCCCAACUGGGUUUGUUCCAGUCGCCCCCUGAAGCUGUGCGACCCGAGAGUUUGCCAGACCCCGUGGGUGUAUCUGAAGCCGCCGACGACAGUACAGUCCACAAAGAAUGGUAGAAAAAUGGUCGUCAUGCCACCCAAUCCGCCUAUACGGGGAUGCAGUACUCCGGAAUGCAAAGAAAGUGAAAUUUUGGAUUGCUCUGGAUGUAAUGACAAUGUCCUAGAGAAGUGCUCCCGGGGAUGCUACAAUUACUACUGUCCUAGUGGAACUUGUGGAUUUAUGAACUCUGAAACAUACUGCGGCUACUAUCCAGGUGGAUUUGGCUGCAACGAGGACGAUGGAUGUAUCUGGGAUUGGUGCAAGGAGAAGUGCUACUAAAUAAUUCGCUUUAUUUUUAUUGAGAGAUAUUAACUAAAUAAAUAAUUGAGAUACAAAAAAUAUUU